UGGGGCCGCGGCGCGGUUUCCCGGGUGACGGCCGCGGCGAAGAGGCGGGGCUAAGGCCUCCCUUCCCACUGGCGGCUCCUAGGGGCCGUGGCCGGGAGUUGCGGACUCCGAAGAGUCUGUCAGAAGCCGGGCAGGUGUGAGCGGGCGGCAGUGGCGCGGGCCGGCCAUGCCCCGGGACUUCUUGUCGCUGUGGGAGCUCGUGGAGGAGCACGUUCCGCUCCCGGAGCGCCCCGAAGUGAAGAGGGUUCUGGGGGAGGCGGCGGUGGACCUGAGCCUGGAGCUGCGGGCGGAGGUGGCGAUGCUGCGGGCACUGCUCCAAGAGGCUCGGUCCUCCCGAGUCCCUGGCUCCCACCCCAUCUCUGACCCUGCCUCCCUUCUGGCCCCGCCGCCCCUCCUGCGGGAGCUCGUGCGCCAGGAACUCCGGCAGCUGCUCCAAGGUCUCCGCCACAAGGCCAUCUGCGAGGGCAGGGACCAGGCGCAGGCUUGGGUCCAAUAUAGCCCCAGAGUCCUGCGCUUUGCCUUGGAGGAGCCCAGAAGUGAUUUGCCAGAACAGGAAACGUUGCAGCUGAGAGCCACUGAGCCCAGAGCGCAAGGAGCAGCUUCCCGGGGAGAUGGGAGAGAGCAGAGCUUCGCAGGAAGCAUGAGCAGUCACAGGGACAUCAGCAUCAUCAAGGACCAGCUGAAUGUGUGCAACAUUGACCAAGUUGCUGCACACUUGAGGGGCCUCCUGGAGGAGGAGUGUCGCAACUUGGAGAGAGAGAUCCCCAUCCUGCAGCACUGCCUGGAAGAGGAGCUUGCGCGGGCCUGCCAGCCCUCCAAGGCAGCCCUGGAGCCCACCCUGGCAGAGCUAAAGGAACAGAAGAAGGCCAUGGAACGGGAGCUGCAGCUCUCCCUGGAGCCUCCCCGAGUCUCCCCCAACCACAGGCGGCUGUCCCCGGAGCCCUCCAGUCGGUGCCACGGGCCCUGUGCUCCGCUCCGCAGCGCUGGUGCUGGGGGCGUGCAGGCUGUGCCUCUCCAGGGUCACCUGCCCACGCCACCUCCGGAGCGCUGCCCACGACCCCGAGGCCAGGCCACCAUCCGCCGCUGGGGACGGCAGCUUCAGUGCAGUCCCAGGCCGCAGCCAGCUUCCACACCAGUGUCCAGCGCAGCACCCCAGGCCUCAACCUGAAGGGCUGGCCACAGAGCAGCCUUCGGCUUGGGCCACACUGCCCCGACCGCUGCUGCUGCCCCCUAGCUGCCAGCGCCAGGUCGCGCUUCUCAGGAGCGCCCUCACCAAGCCCCCCCAGGCUGUUUGUGUGCCUGCUGGCCCUUGCCCCACCCCCACCACAUCCCUGGUGCCCAGGCCUGCGUGGGAUAGCCAUCCUAACUGCCGUCACCUUUGGCCCUUCUCCCCUCAGGCCUCGGUGAAGGCCUGGCAGACAGAGGUCCCAGCCCAGCCCUGACUCCUGGCCCCCCAGGAGACCCGGACAAAGCACAGCAGCAGCCCAAGACAGGAAUAGAAAUUUCAUUAAAACCUAUGGACUUUAAAA